GCUUACUACACCGGACGUCCUGUGUAUUGGUGCCGCGUUAUUUUUAGAGUUGUACGCUGAUGUACGCUUCCUGAGAAAGGAUCAUAAGAGGGAAGGUUGAUAAAUACAGCUCUACUGAUAUCUAGAGUUCGUUGAACGUAGUGUGUAAAGUGCGCGGGAUAUUGUAUAGCCGACUAUCACAAGGCGAGCUUUCACUUGUCAUCUCAAGGCUCUAUAUCCUUUGUGGCUCGUGAAAAAAGGGAAGUCUUGUGCAUCGUACGCUGAGUCGGGCGGGAAGUCUCUUUUUGGUUACUGUAAGUACAGAACAGAAGGAAUGAAAAGUCUUUUUUUAAGAGCUUCCAGAGUUAGUUACAAACCCUGUUUGCCAAUGUCAGACAAGGGAAUUUAGGGACGGUGGUAUAGUAUACCGGAAAGAGCUGGCUGGCUGUUGCAAGGGAAUUUCUACUUUGAGAAUUUGAUAGGAGCUUCUGAAUUUGACAUCUUUAAUUUUCACUUGGGAAACGAACACGUUAGAAUCAGUGUUAUGAGGAGGUCUACGUACGAAUUGAUGUGCUUACACCAGCAAAUUAUAUAUAGACUGAUCGGAGCACGAGAUCAAAGAGAAGAAUUCGGGCUCUCUAAUGCAACUGCAAGCUCUGACCUUUGCAAUCAUUCAUUUUUGUUCUUUUGUGUUUUCCCUAUUCUCCUUUUGCUAUCUACUUAAUAACUGGGAUUACUAAAAGAUCAACCUUAAUGUUACUCAAAAUGUUACUGUAAUAUAAGUAUUGCAUAUCAUUUGCGGUGAAACAAAGGCAAACAAGGCCCGACAAUGUUUUAUAUUUCAUUGCGUAACAUCAAAAUGUUUUUUCAUUAAAUUCGACCAAUGCAGCGCAGAUAACUUAAUUUGACCAUUGAUGUUCUUCUGUCCUUCCCUGAGAUCGGCUGUCAAGCUGGAUCCUUGGUGAAUUUUUCCAUCAUUAAAUAAAGCUGAAAAGGAAAAGUAUUCGAUCAGAGGUCACCGGGCCAGAAAUAUUCCGAAUCAGUCCAACUGAACUGUUAGCUUGUCGGAAGUUUUAAAAAUUAGGGGAAAAAAAACAUGGUGCUGCUUAACGCACCCGAUAGUUCCGAUCUGACGCCGGUCUUCCUCUUAUGCGAAUUUUGGAUUUUUCUAUGACGAAGCGGCCCUAAGAAAGUUAGUUUACGUGGGAAGCUGUUAGCUCUUGCCUUGUGGCCUUGCGAACGCCUCGUUUAAUUAAGAAACCCGCCCCCUUCUGCUGAUUGCAAAUGAAUCCGCAACCAAAACUGAUUAGUAACGUUCCUCAACUAUCCGAAAGGCCGGGCACACUCACAGCGGGAGCUACGCACUCUUGCUACACUUUGCGACUUACGGAGAAGAAUUUUUUUUCCUUCGAAAAAAGGCACAGCGGACAUCUAGUGCCUAUUUUGAGCAAAUGUGUCCUCAUAAUAUAAUAGACUUUCUUUGUGAGAUCCCAUUUGCAUUUUUGUACGCCUAUGAAAGGCUUGAACCCAUGAGUGAUUUCAUAGGUUGAGCAUAAUCGUUCGGUUAAACGUAAAGGCUUGUUUAUACUUAAUUAGAAACAACUGCAAAUAAUUCAAAUACAACAUAACAGGAUUAACUAGAAAUAGUUGACACUUCAGCUGCCCCCGCUCUGUAUAUUGUCGGUCAAUAGUAUUCCAUGCACAGUUUCGUUCGAUUUACACAGCUGAUCACAACAUUAUAUUUUCAGUUUCGAGAAUAGUUUAUUCUAAACCAUAAGAAAAGAUUUAAUUAGAAGUUGAAUUUUUCGCUAUUUCUAUUUCACUGUGAGCAGGGAAUAAGUCAGCACAGAAUUUGAUGGUCAGCGAAUUUCUGUAAUCGUCCAUCUUUCUGCUAGUGAUUUAUAAGCUAGCCGUUGACUCAUCCACUCGUCUUGCUUGUUUGGAACCUUGUCUUAUUCCGGUCAAAGAAAGAGAAAGAGGUUUCCAAUCAAAGAUUUGUUACCUCUUGUCUGGCAAACUCACUUGGUGUUAAAAUGAUGCACUGUUAUACGCGCCUUAUAGCUUCAUCUGCGCUUAACGAGAGUCUUUUGGCCCAUAACUUUCAUAACAACUGCUCCACGGAAUGUCACUGAUAACACGUAACGCACAACAGAAUCGAAGUAUGACUGCGCAAUUAAUGUCACAAAAUCUACCUACUGUAAGCGGUCCCUUCGGGAUUUUUUGUGUUUUACUUCAUCCUAACCAUUUCGUACUUGCGUGCGCAAACAAUAGAAACGUCAUCAUUACCUACCGAUUCCUCGCGGCCCCUGUUCGAGCAAAUCGAGAUUUUUUCUAUAUUGACUAUAUUUAACAAUUAUUCUUUGAAAUCGAGGUGAAUAGUGCCAAAAUAUUUACCGAGCCGCGAAAGCGGCGAGGUAAAUAUUCCCAAAGCCACUAUUCACCGAGAUUGAGAAGAAUAAUUGUUUUAGUAUAUACACACGAAGUGAUCUCAACAAAAUCAGAAAGGAAACCAUUCAAAAGUAGGAUUUGAUUGACAGAUCAAAUCACGCGUAAGUUUAAAAAUAGAUCUUUGCAGAAUUUUCAAACAUGGCAAUUCACAAGUUUACUCAUUUCGCAAACAACAGCGUAAUGGCUUCAAUGGAAUCGCUAAAAGUUUGAACUGUUUCCUUACCUGAGAAAAAAAGUAGAGCUGUGUUGUUUUCUGUUGACUCGCCAAGUUUAUAGCCAAAAGGGCAUGUUGUGUCGUUCUUCGCAUGAAGUGCUGACAAAAAUGGCGGCUCGGUUGCUCGAGGUAAGAGGUCGUCUUCCUGUAUCAUUCUUUUUCCUGUUUACUUGAAAUGUAGAAUUUCUGCAAACAUUUCCUUUUAAAUUUGUUUGUCAUAAAUAAACUUCGAUUUUUGAGCCAAAAUUUUCUUCUUAGAAAACGCUGAGUUCACGAAACGGCUUCUUCUACGCGAAUACACGGGAGUUGUAAACAAUCCAUCGAGCACAAAACUCCUGCUACAGUAAAUUGAAAAACGCCGUAUUGAAUCCUUCCAAGUCUUUUCUUGCCUUAAAAAAAGUCAGCCCUAGGAUUUUGUCGACUUUUAAAAGAUCGUUCUCUAAAAAAAACGGGAAAAACACCGAGCUCACACAUUAUCCACUCGCUAGGAGGUGAAUAUUGUUGAAUAGUCCGAGAUAGCGAACCAAUCAGAUUGCUUAAAUCACCAAGAUCACUGAGUGUGUAUAUACUAAGACUGUAUAUUUCAACUGUAAGUACUUUCCUUAAAAUACGCGCGAGUUACUAGAGUGCCUCCUCGGGAUUUCGCCUUCUGGGCGAAAUCCCUACGGGGGCAAAAACCCCAACCAGGUACCAAAAUACCAGGCAUACAGUUGGCUAUAUAUAGGCGUGACCGAGGAUUUGAGCUCGGCACGACCGAGAACAAGUCCAGCAAGUGGCCAGAGCGGGACUUGAACCUGGGACCGCCGGACUGCGAGUCCCACGCGCUGACCACUCGGCCACGCUGCCUACUUGAAGUAGUCCUGAUUACUGCAAAUGAAUUACAUUACGAGUCUUCACAGUCAUCACGGCUUAACUGACAGACGACCAAUAACAUCGCGACUUUUAUAAGCCAAUAACCAAUAAGCAAAGUUUAAUACCAUCAACUGACGUGAUGCAACUCACUUUGACUCUGAAGAUGACUACCGCGCAGGUUGUCAAAAUUAAACUUUAGUCACUGUCAACGACAGUCCUGCUCCAAGACUAGUUCACCCGGGCGAUCAUGCUCAAUCUACUCAUACAUUUUUGCAUGCUGACAGAACAGUCAAAAUUCUUACUAAGUCACUUGCGCCUUUGACUUAAGCUUUUCUUGAGUUAAAUUUCGAUCUCAAUUUCUGGCUUGAGUUUGUUGCUCAGUUUAAAGUAGAUUAUCUCCACGUGAAGACUGUUCAAAUCUUCAUAGUCACUGAUAUGUUUUGAUCUACGCUAAUCGAUCGCUAAGAAUAGUAGCUGUUCAGGAAGGUUAACCUUUGUUCCCGUACCUCCUCAUAUCUUUGGAUGAACAAUCUUUAAAAGUUAAAUGCUAAGACAAGAAUGAAAACUUUAUAGCGUCCUUCCUAAGUUAAGGCUUUGGAACAAAAAGCUUGCGAUUCUCUUUUUAUUCUUCUCAGGACUUCUUUCGAGUGCAACUGUAUGCUUGCAUUUUCUUGGAAUCCAAUUAGUUAGAUUCACGUAAUAGUAACUAAGUCAGCAUGAGAAGUUAUUUUUCCAAUCGGAAAAGUUUCCUGUUCUAGACAAAUGGAUGGAACUUUUUUCAAGCCAUCUUCUUUCGAGAGUACGCUGUUCAUACGUUCAUACAAAAUCGCCGGGCCAUGAAAGGUAAGUUGCAUUUAUAUUGACGGAAUGGCCAUCCGCCAUUCUUCCCGUCAGGCUUUAUUCUUUUCGCCGUGACGCAUACAUGACGCAAAUGCGCAAGAAAAGGGACGAAAGGCACUGGAAACGAGUUUGAAAAAGAUGGCAGCGGUGUCACAGCGUUUUGGGCAUCCCCAUUCCCAAAUCCCUAGCGUUUUGGGCAUCCCCUUCUCAUAUUACUGCAGCGUUUUGGGCAUCCCCCGGUACCCUCCCGGGAUGCCCAAAUCCCUAGUGUAUUGGUCAUCCCCGCCAAAAAAAUUCUGGAUUUCUCGGGAAAAUCAAAAACGUUUUAGAGAUAGAUUCCGCUAAAUAUAGAAAUCUUUUCCGGAAUAGAUUAGAAAUGAAUGACGCGGGUCUGAGCUUUCGGCGCAAAUCAACCGCGCAUUUUAUUUAUAAGCCACAUUUUACUUAGUCCUCAAUUAGUUCUAACUGAAAAGAGACCGAAAAGCCACUGAAAAACAGACACCACUACUGGCUCGCUUCACUACUUAUAUUUGUGAGUCAUUUUAGAUGUGACUGAAUAUCACAUUUUGCAUAACUAUGACAUUGCGCAAAGUUAUUCCAUCCUUUACCCUCAUCGGUCUGUCUUAACACUUCCUGUACUUUCCAAGUCAGUUCUACCAAACUGGUUCCUUAGAAAAAUACUUCAAAAGGGCCAUUUAUACCGAGACAAAUGAGAGACUUCCUCCGAAAAACGUAAUACGUAUUAGCUUGACGGUAAGUCUUACCUAAGUCGCGUCCUUUUACUUCAGGUCGAUACCAAUCAAUGAAAAUCGAAAAUUGAUUUCAAUCAAUAUUAUCAGUAAAAAUCAAGAAAAAUCUAUUAAGUGAUAUUGAUUGGUUUAGCCAAUCAAUAAAAAUCGAUAAUCACUCACCGAUGCGUCUAGACGUUAUUGAUUUUCAUAAGUAGUUUGUAAGGUGCCGGUGAUAGUCAACAGUUACAAAAUUUUUCCCUAUAACGACACCCAAACCGGCCAGCAAUGUAUGUCUACGUCUGCUGGGAAACUUCCCAGUAAGUCAGGUUGCAGGUUGUAGGUGCGCCAUUCCGGCUGGGAACACUUCCAAUAGUCUUGCUAGGAGUGAGGAACAGAUAAAUUUUCCCAGCAUUCUCCCAAAUUGUUUAAAGUGGUUUCAGAGAGCUUUAUUCAUGCUCUGUUGUUGUUUUUAGGACUGUUUUUCAAAAUUUCUUAUUGGGUGCCCCUGAGUUUCUGCCGACUUCAAGUUACGAAUUAACACUACUACUACUACAAUGGACGGAGGACAAAAGAACUUGGGACUGUGUGAAAAAGCCCUUCCAAGUAAUUUUUGCGUAGGACUUUGUUCCUUAUGACAAUGUUUUGAUUGGCUUUGGGUUCAUCCGUCGUCCCCCCACUCCCCCACUGCCCCCCAGAAAUGUUGUGGCCAAAAAAGCACUCAUUUCCACCCAAUUUGCUCAAAAUUUAAUUUUGUUUGCAGUGGGAACAGUCCCGUCUAAUGGUGAAUUCUCUAUAUAAAACCGUUUUAUGAUGCUGUUAUUUUUAUAAUAUCAUAGGUGACGAAUUACUCCUUAAUUUUGGCGCGAAAUUUCAGCGUUGAUUUGCAAUUUCACAUGUGAAAUUACAAAAUUGCCAUGACAACCCUUCCGUACGUCUCAGUGUCAAGAUGGCGACGAAGUUUUAAAAUGCCAUGAAUGAAGAUGUCAGGGCACUAAAAGACGCUUUAGAAAACCUGAACACACAAGAGAAUAUCAAGAAGGAUUCUAACAGGUAUUUUGCCGAAAAAGUUCGAAAAAUUCUGAACUUUAUAAGCCAAAUUUAAGGUCUUAACAUUUGAGAGAGUGGUGUUCUCGAUCGAUACGGAUCCAGGAUAAACAUGUCAAAAAUCCAAGAUUGCUAACGUAAUUCGUCACCCAUGAUAUUAAUAGUUAAUCAAAUGGUAUACUCCUGAAAUUAGGGAAUAAUUUCACUUGCGUUUUGCCCAAAUCCUAAUAAUUUCCCGAGCCUUCAGGCUCGGGAAAUUAUUAGGAUUUGGACAAAACGCGCAUGAAAUUAUUCCCUAAUUUCACUCGUCACCAUUGGAUUACACAUACUAAUUUGUUGUGCAAGGGAAGCGUGUGUUUCGAUCGUCCUGAAUACUAAAUGAAUUCAUUUUGUCUUGUGAGAUUAUUCCGUAAAAAAACUGCAAAAUUGAAAUUAAAAUAGGUCAAUAAUGACAAAAAUUCUGUCCGAGGUCUAAAAACAGACAACGCCUGAUAGUUCUGUUUACAUCAGAGAUGGUGUAAAAAGGCUGGUUUACGCACUACCAGCGAGAAUUGUAGCGAGCCACACAAAAUUUCUGCCAAAAUUUCUACCUAAUUUUUCAUUUUGGCCUUUCCUGUAGACAGGGAGACACUGAUAAGUUAUAACGAGUAAAUUGGCUACGCUUUUAGCCCUGGCUAAAUCUAUAUAUUAUUAGAGAGGUUAAGCAUCACGUUUACGUCUAGUGAGGUAAACGCAAAUCUGUACCACGUGACCAAGUUUCCCCCCUUCUACUUGCCGUUUACUGUUCAUUAUUUCAACACAUAAAUUAGUUGUUUCACGCAAAUUUUUGUUCAUAAGUCAGAAUUGUUUUGAGCUGUUAUUUUGAGAAACUCUCAACUUGAAUCCGACGUUUGCCGUUUGCAGUCAUACGUGAUGCUUAAACUUUCUAUUGAGAAUCACUGGAAUUGAAAGUAUGAAAAUCGUAAUUAACUACAAAAUAUAAAUUGUACUGACACAACGUGUGAGAAAUGUCUCUUUACUAUAUAAAUAAAAAUUACAGCAUGAUCUGACAAAAAUAAAUGAAUAAAUAAAUAUUAAGUGAAAACGUGAAAAAUGAAUAAAAUUUAUAAACUAACAAAUUCAAUCUGAGGCCUUAAAAGUUUUCAGCCAAAAGAAAGGAAAACAAAACCGAAAAAAUUGUUUAGAAAGGCCAUCGACAAUGAGCGGUUACGUUAUAUUUGGCAUUUAUGGCGUGAUAUUAGAGUUUCAAAUAGGCAUGUCCCGAUUGCUCUUGGCACUUUUUCGAAUUUAGAGCACUAUUUUACAUUUCCAGCACUCUUGAGCACUUUCUUGACUUUGGAGCAGAAUUUGAGCAUUUUUUCGCUUUCUGGGCAACAUUUAAGCACUUAUUUUUACUAUUUUCCACUUGUUAAUGCAAUAUUUUGUCUUCGAAAAGUUUUCAGGAAGCCGAGCAAUUCUAUUAUCAUGAAUUUGAAUAAAUCCAUCUUGUCUCCUGACGUGUUGUCAUGAAAAUGCAAAUCUCUCAUUAGAAAAUCGAGGGUUAAAGCUUUAUAAAACUAAGAAUAUUUAUAAACAUCUGCUAGGAAAUAAUUAAAAACUACGAGCAACUUUCGAGCUCUAUUCGGAAGUUCUUACGAAAUCUCGCUCAUAACAAUUUCCUCACUAUUUUACUUCCAUACUGUGUUUGUAUUGAGGUAUUUUUCAUGUUUUUGCUUGCAGGUGUGUUUGAUUCUUCACGAUGUCGGGGAUUAUUCUUUUUCUUUCAGUUUCCUGUUUCUCAACACUAACAAAUGGUAAUUACACAAGCCAUGUAUUCAAUGAAGUUGUAGGGUAUCGUUACAGGGCUUCCACACAAAUUGUGACUGUUGUAGUGUAUGAAUUUAGAGGAAAAUUAUGAGAAUAUCAAAAAGUUUCAUAAUGUCGUAAUAUAAUGCGGUGAAUUGUUAUCUAUAAGAUCAAUACCGAUACCCGGGGGAUGGCCGCUUAACCAAGUUUCAACUGUACUCUGUAUGUUUAAAUUGCAGGUCAACAGCAAUCAGAUCCACCAAAAAUUUUUAAUUUUCUAACCAAGGAUUUAGUAGCUCCUGAAGAUGUCAAGUUUGGAAGAGAAAAUGCCUUGAAAUUGCCGUGUGGUGCUAGUGGAAAUAACUUACAAUGGACUUGGAGGCACAAUGAUACUAUAACUAUUUCUAAAGGUGGUAAAUUCGACGUUGGUCCCAAUGGAACCUUAUAUGGAAGUUACCUAGAAAGUGAGCAGAGUGGGCACUACCAGUGUUUUGUAAGAGACAAUGUUACACGCAUUGAGACGUUCAGCAGAAAGAUAAAAGUCGCUGUUACAGGUUAGGGCGCUUUUAAAAUCUGAACUGAAACAUUUCCAGGUCGUCUAUUUUUCUUACCUGCAAACAGCUCCUACUAAACCUUUUCUCGAGGCGAACUCACUUUCUUAAUACGAAAUAAUCGCGCAAACACAUUUCCAAAAGCGCGCCAUGUUGGACAAAACAAAGAAAACACCCAGGUUUCCCGUGAAGUCAACCGUGCGUUUGUGCAUUAACAGAUCAUGGGCAAUGACCAAUCACAGCGCGCGUAGCAUUCAUCGACCAUAGCUCUCGACCAAUCAGCGAGCGAGAAAUCGUUGUACCACUGAAAAAAAUUGGCUAGGCUGACUUUGUUCAAUUGCCAAACCCAUUUAAAAUCAAUCAAACGACUGAAGUUCAUUGGGUUUUAUUACGGAAUGUUUAAUUUGUUGCGCUGGUUAACGGUUUUCGAUCUUAGUAGUCCUUUAACCAGUGGUGAACUUACGCAAAAGCACGACAGAGAAAAACGACGGCAAACCUUGUGUGACAAGCGUGACAGUAAGUUUACUUUAUCGCAUGAAUAAAUGCAACAUUGUGAAGUGGUGACGAUAAUCAAAAUGGUUCCAAGAAUUACCAGCUAAGGAGGCAGGAUUCCACUAAGGCUCAGCAGAUCCGAUAACAGAUCAAACGUCUUAGAUUUUGUAAGCUCAGCCCCCUACGUAGUCAACAGUAAACGGAAGACAAAAUACGGACAAAGCAAGAAAGCAAGAAGCAAAACAACAACAACAACAACAACAGCAAAACAAAAUAAAAACAAAGUAACACUGUUAGCCCCGCGAUCAUUGCAACUUUUUUCAUCACGGUUGCUGAAGCAUUUUUAGGUAAAGUAAGAUGGUCUGAUUGGGGUUAACCGUCAGCUGUCAAAACCCCUAAAACUUAAAUGUCAACCGUCAAAAUUGGAAAAAAUUAACCGUCAACCGGCAAAGCUACCCGGGGGGACUCCCGUUUGAAAGGGGCGGGGAUGCUCGUUGGAAAUUUUGAAUUAAACCCCUAAAGGAGAGCAAUCUGGGCAUGGCCCAACCUUUUUUGACCCCUAAAAGAGAUCAUUUUAAACUUUGAUCAAUUAAAUGAAUCGAGGAAAUUAUUACGAAUUGAAAAUAUAUAAUUUUUUUAAUAUUCCUUCCAGUGCAACCCUAAAAGAGACCUUUACGACUAAAUAUAAUAGUAUUUUGCCCAAAACACCCUAAGCGAGACCAAAAUCUGAUCAUGAAAUUUACACCCCUAAGCGAGACGACGAGCAUCCCCGCCCCUUUCAUAUGGGAGUCACCCUCCGUUCAAAGCUACCACCCCGUUGAGAGCCUCAAAGUAAUGGUGGAUGGUGGAGAUGCUUGGUGAGGAGUCUGGGGGGGAGUUAAGGAGCUUUACUAAGCACAACCAUGACAAUUUUGUAAUAUUCUUGUUUCCUUAUACAGUUGUAGGAGAAUUUAACGAUACGGAACCUAAACAGGUGGAGCAGAGUGUUGACCUUGGGGACGAAUUUAGUUAUGCGUGUCCUCAGCACGCUCCCAGUUAUGGCGUCAGCUACUCGUGGGUGGGGAAAAGCGCCGGUUCAGAUAUACAGUUUAAGAGGAACGAACGACGAGCCAUCACACAGUCAGGUCAUCUAUUCAUAAUGUUUGUGACUGAGGACGACUUUACAGAUUUGGAGGGAUAUGAUAAUAAAGGAAUCCGUUGUAAGAUUUCUGGAGCUAACAGAUUUGAGGAAUCUGGUCUUUUAACGUUAAAAAAGAAAAAUCCAGGUGAAUUCUUUGUUUUCUCUUAACAGUGAAGGAAGUCAACAAGACUUGUAGCUAGUAAUGUGUGUCGCCUUUCUUUAGAGCCUGUACUAACUCUCCUUCUGAUUUCGGUGGCUUUGGUGUGGUGACGAUAUUACUUUCAAUCCCUCGGCCACAUUACAGUACAGUCUCUAUUAACGCAAACCUUCGUAAAACGGACACCUACAGGAAGUCCCUGGCUUUGUAUUCUCCCUUUAUUUGUCUCUCAAUAAGACGGACACCUCUCUGAGAAGGACACUAAUUUACAUCAGAUUUUGACUUUCCUACAGUAUUCAUAGGAGAGGAGUGCAUCAAAUUAGUUAAAGAUGCUAAACUUUUGGGUGUUACUAUCUCUGGUGACUUAACAUGGAAUGCGCACAUCACGGAGGUUACUAAGAAGGCAGCUAAGAGGGUCUAUUUUCUUGUUCAGCUAAAAAGAGCUCGUGUUCCACAGAAAGAUUUAUGCCUUUUUUACAUCACAUGCGUGGGCUCCGUCAUUGACUAUGCUGCGCCAGUUUUCCAUCACGCGCUACCAGCCUACCUUUCGCAAGAAUUAGAACGUGUUCAGAAAAGAGCAAUGCGAAUCAUAUGUCCUGGUAUAGAAUAUCAGCAAGCUUUAGCGCUUAUGAGUUUGCCAACGGUUGCGGAGCAUCACCACAACAUUUGCACGCGCACGCUUGUGCCGGUCCCUAUGCGUUUCGGGUCACGUGGUUCAAGCGAGUUUUCCCGACCGUUAGUCUCGGUUAACUCACCGUAAUGCAUUGACGGCGAGAAGGCCUAGACAGACACCGUUCAGAGACUAGGCAAAGAUGUGGUCAAAAACGUAACAAGGGGCACAAAAUGUAAUUCAAUCCCAGUGGCGGAUUUAGGGAAGGGCCCUCCUCCCCCCUUAUUUUUUGACCGUCCCCCCUCCUUCCGCUACUGAAUCCCGUCGGCUUUUCGUGCCGACACUAAAAGCCAUCCAGUAUAGUAUGUAAGAAGUUCUAGCGACAGUACCCUACUUAGUUAUCCGAAGGUUAAGCCCAAGGCAACUCUCGGUGAACGGGCCUUUCUGUUUGCUGCACCUAAGUAAUGGAAUGCUGUGCCAAGAUUUAUUAGGGAAUCCAUUUCAAUUGACACUUUUAAGAGAAAGUUGAAGACUCAUCUUUUAAAAAAAAAAAGCAUUUUGUACCACUUAGAUUAUAAGACUGUAUUUUUAGCUUACUAGAUUAUAAAUAAUUUUCAGCUUAUAAUUUUUAAGAUUUUGCUAACAGAUGUUAUUUUUUUAACUUUUAGCCGUUAGUUUUUCUAUUCUAUAUCUAUAUUAUCAUCUUAUUUUAUCAUUUUUAUUAUCAUAAUUAUUCAUAAUUUUUAUUAUUAGUAGUAUUAUUGUUUUGUUUUGUUUUGUUUUUGUUUUUUCCCUAUGGCGCAUUUGAAUAUAUUUAUAUAAAUAUUUGCGCCUUCUUCCUAUCUGGAGGGCUGGAUCCGCUACUGAAUCCCGUUGGCUUUUCGUGCUGACACUAAAAGCCAUCCAGUAUAGUAUGUACACCUAUCCGAUAUGUUAGAGCGAUUUUCAUAUGACCUUGAAACGAAAACGCGCGAACAAAACAGAAACAACCAACGAACGCAUAUAGAGCGAUUUGAUUGGUUUAUGGGACGGAUACAAACGCGCGUGGCUUUUCGUUGGUUAAGCGAACGAUCAGGUGAAAAAACUUCAUGCCCGAGAACUUUCUAGAAAUCAAUCGAUUCUUCGCUUUGACGUCAUACUGCAACACGAUUGGCCAAGUGAACAAUACCUUGUCCAUAUUAGGGUUUUCUUUGGCGGGAAAACGAAGAGUCCAUGUUUUGAUCUUUUCAUCCAUUGGCUGAUAAAACAAAUGACGAACACUUACCGAAACCAUUCUUCAAGGUCAUACGAAAAUCGCUCUACUCUCCACUUUAGAGAUCGGCACGGCGUAGCUUCGCUCUGUUACAGAAAGCACGCCGGAAAUCACCAGUCUUUCGUGUGAACCGAAGCCCUAUCCGGAAGCAAAAACUAUCCAGUAUGGUGUGUACAAAGCCUAAGCAAGGCCUGGUUAGCUCAGUUGGGAGAGCGUCUGUCUGCCGAACGGGAGGUCGCGGGUUCAAACCCCCGGCCGGACCAACACUCAGGGGGCCUCCUUAUUUUUCGACCAAACUGAAGUCCGAAGUGCUGCCUUUGUAAUGACAUCUGCAAAUGUUUAGACUUUCUAGUCUUCUCGGAUAAGGACGAAAAACCGUACGUCCCGUUCCACAGCACUUUCACUGAUUUGUUCUUGUGGGGCGUAAAAGAUCCCACAUCACUCUUCGAAAAGAGUACGGGUCGUAGACCCCGGUGGUGUGACCAACCUUUACGGGUUGUGUGAUUGGGUGGGGAUGGCACCUCACAUGGGACCUUAGUCCCGUUCAAGCACAUUCCCUCCCGAUAGGCCUGUGUCCAGAAAAGCGGGUAAAUCAAAUGUUUUAACAGUAUUUUGUAUUUUGUCUAAGAUCAAAAAGAUCCAAAGACACCAAGAGAGCCUUCGUGGAAGUUGAAAUUUAUGUCUGCUGCUAAAGAAGAGGCUUUGGAGGGAAAAAAUAAAACUUUCUAUUGUCUUGCAGCCGGAAGGUAAGUUGGAACAUGAGUUCAAUGGACCAAUAUCAAUUAUAAUAAUAAGAUGACGAUGACGAUGACGAUAAUAAUAAUAAUAAUAAUAAUAAUAAUAAUAAUAAUAAUAAUAAUAACUAGUAACAACCAAAGGUUACGGAGUGCUGGCGACAAAAAUGGAAUGUCUUUCAAUCCAACGCUGUGCUCUACGUAAGUUUCAACUGAGCGUACAGCGUAUAGUGUAUUAAUUGUGACACCUAGCUGCUAGCUUGCUUAAAGAAAUUAUUUAGCCCAGUGUUCAGCCAUUGAGCUUUAUUGUUUGUUGAAUAACUUUCUUGAACCGUUCAGCAGUUCUUAGCAUCCGUUUUGAACGGCUUGUCCCCCCAUUUCUAAUCCUGUUUUGAGCCAUGCGCUCGGCCUUUUAAACGAAUAGCAGUAAAGAACGUUUUCACCGCCCCAUGUAAGGGAAUUCGGAUUCGGAUUCGGAUUCGGGAAAUUGUUGCUUGUGGAAUCCGGAAUCCUGGACUUUGGAAUCUGGGAUUCAGUUCGAGGAACCUAGAAUCUCACUAACGAUUGGAAUCCGAAAUCCAAGUCGGAAUCCAACACUGGAAUUAAGUACCUGGAAUCCAGAAUCCACGGCGUGGAAUCCAGAAUCCAAGACUAGCCGGAAUUCCUUUACAUGGGGCGAGUUUUCAGGUAGGAGAUCACAAUUUUUCUAGGGUGAAAAAAAGGUUGUUACUUUGGUAGGAAAAACAUAGCGAUAAAAAUACAUUUCUUAGUGAGCACUUGCUAUUUAUUGUUUUACUGACAACGUCUGGCUGCUAUUUUUUUACUUCCAGGCCUGAGCCAAAAAUAACCUGGAAAAUUAAAAGAGAUGGAAAAUGGGAAAACCUUGAGAAUGAAAAGGACAAUUUUGAGAUUGCUGAUGCUUUCCAUGGAAGAUUGCUUAACAUUAUAUCUGUAAAAAAAAAGGUGCAUCAGACCACAUACCGCUGUGAAGCAGAGAAUUCUCAAAAUGUUGGAAAUCCGAAAGUCCAUGAUGUACAACUUAUAGUGAAAGGUAAAUGGCCUUGGGGCGUUUCCAUUCACCGCUUCAAAUAAUCGAAUUUUCGCAAGACAGUCCUGGAUUCUGGAUUCCACGCCGUGGAUUCCGGAUUCCAGGUGCUGAAUUCGGAAUUCUUUGUCAAAGAAAUUUGGAUUGCGGAUUCCAAUCUCUAGUGGCAUUUAGGAUUCUUUGAGGUGAAUUCCGGAUUCCAAAGCACAGGAUUCCGGAUUCCGCAAGCAAAUUUUCCAAAAUUCCGGAUUCCACAAGCAAAAAUUUCCCUCAUUCCAGAAUCCUGCUUCCCUCACACUGGGCGAUACUUACGUGUAUGGAUUAGGUAGAGGCGGAGUUGAAGAGGUAAUUGUAAAUAGCGGCAUUUCUGUCUAAGUUUUGGAAGAAGAGUUUUUAUUAAAUCAUUUUUGUUACAAUUAUUAACCGAUCAUUUGAUUGAUUUUGUUUUCAGUUGCUCCAAAAUUGAAGGCAGAGCCUCCGCCAGAACUUUCAAUUGUUGUUAAUGGCAAUGGCAGUUUAACGUGCGAUGUAUUUGCAGAUCCUUUGCCAUCUUUUACGUGGUACAAAAAUGGGAAGAAACUCGCAACAUCAACGUAAUUUUCCUUUCUUUAGGGAGCUUAAGCAGCGACGUUUUUGAGCGACGCACGUCAACCGGAAAUGGACGUUUUGCACUCUUGAGCCGUGAUUUUGAACAACUUUUUGGGCAGAUCGUCUCUCUAAGAAUUAAGACACUUGGCAAUAUAAAUACGGUAGCGUCAAGGCUCAUUAACAGAGGAAAAGGCUCACUUCCGCUUGACGUGCGUCGUUCAAAAACGUCGCUGCUUAAGCUCCCUUUUUUCUCUCACUAUACACUUCGUGAUUGGUAAACUUAGGGGGCCACAUUCUAUUUUUUAACGCUUAUGUUUAGGAAUAAACAUUUUCGCGUUCCUACUCUGGAUUGAAUAAAACAUGAACAAAAACAAAACAAUUGAACGACACUUAAUUUUUUUCAAGAUAUUAUUAGAUGUAUAGAAUAAAAAGGUGAAGUUUAAAGCUACAUGAAAUAUUCUACAAAUUUUCGAGUAGUUGUAAGCCGUCGGCGUUCACUGGAACCUUAUGACUGUAGAACGUUACUUGGUGUAUGGUAACACUGAGCUGAUUGGAAACUCUUCAGCUGUUACUACUCUAUUUUCGAAUCUCCCAUAAUACACUCAACUGUUGCCUGGUUUCACUGAAAAUGCAUAUUCCCAAGAGCAUUGGAAGAGGUGGGGAGAGGGAAGGGGGAGAGGUAGGGGCCGAACAGAUUGUAUUAUGGGAAUUCGAAAAUAGUCAGUUGCGGGUUGAGUUAUGUCCAGUCACUAAUCAAGUUGCAUUCUAUAGUGCACAUGUGAGACUGAAUGGCAACAAGCUGGAUUUUCAGAAUGUGAGUUCUCAACAAGAUAGCGGAGUUUAUCAAUGUGUGGCUGAGAAUCCACAUGGAAUAAUCGUUUCCUAUACAGCUGUAAGAGUUCGAGGUAAGCACUUGGAAAAUUGCGUUUACAAUUUAAACUCGUCCCCUAUUACAAAAGUGGACUUUUUCUUUAUUUUGAGAUGAAUCAAUUUUUCACUGUGAAAAUUUUAUAAACAAUUCACUGCUGUCAGGAAUCUUCCUAUUGCUUCUAAGACAAGAGAUUUUCCCGAUAAUGUUCACGUUAAAACGACCAACAGACUCGAGUCACUUCACAAUUUAAUGUCCACGCUAAUGGACUAAGAAUUAAAAAUGCACUUUUGUAAUAUGAUCUACUAUGAGUUACUAGAAUUUUGGACGCAAAGUAUAAUCGUAUUUGGACACACAUAAAAUACGAUAAUUUUACGUACGUGAUAUCAGCCAAUCAGUGACCCACUUACCCUUCACAGCACGUGCGCGAACUGAAAAUAGAUCUCAAAUACUUAUCACGAGGCACAGGGAUUCGCUCUCUUAACUCAUUCUCUCUAGCAUCGCUGGUAUACAAAACAAAUCAGGAUACGUCACCGGAACAACUUUUACAGUACGUCAAUUCUUCUUCCGUGCAUGUUUGGGUAUAAUGCCUUACACACGAAACUUUUCUCUUUGCAGCAACGGCACCAUCUUUUGAGACCGGAUUUGGUCCAUUCUACUUGUUUAAAGGCACUGAAGGACGGCUGACGUGUAAUCCAGAAGCAGCUCCACGGCCAAGUAAAUAUAAAUGGUAUAAAGGAACCACUCUACUGAGGUCAUCACCACCUUACAGAAUAGAGCAUGGGGAAUUCAGCACAUUGAUAAUUGACAAAGUUGACCAGAAUCGACACAAGGGACCAUACACAUGUUAUGCAGAAAACGUCUUGGGUAACGCGACGGAAACAGCAACAGCUACAGUUCUUGGUGAGAAUUUCAUCUAUAUCUUACGUUAGUGAGAUUUAGUUUGACCACGAGAGCGAAAUCGAGUACGAGGACGACUUAGAAAUUUUUAGCUUGUAGACCUUAUUCAUGAUACCCGCCUACGGUCGCUACUGCAUCCAAAAAGUAGCAUUGAUCAUUGGCACUCUUAAUUUGUCUUUUUCCUCUUUUGGAGAAAUAUUUGUCCAUUUUCUGUUGUCUAGAAUAAACAAAAUCGACGCUAUUUUUUGUGUCGGAAGAUUUUGGCCCCUGAGAAACCACGUUACAUCGCCUGUAUCCCGUUAUUCUUUAAGCGCGUGUAAAGAUGGCGGGUAUCGUGUAUAAGGUUUGUUGUUUACCCAGAGCUCUCACUCUAUUCCACGGCAAAACAGAUACGGAAAGUUCAACCUUCGGACUUUGGUUUGAUUUCCAGUGUUGCGUAAUUUUUACGUGUGUACGUGUGUAAAAUUUACGUUCGCAAAUAAAACAGAGGCAGUGCAUAAAAGGUCGCUCGUAAGCGUAAAAGUUAACCCUCGCUCAACUUCUCGUUUAAGCUCAGCGCUUUUUGUGUUGCUUCUAUCUUAUUUACGUGAUUAAAAUUUACCUGCGUAGCCAAAGACCCGUCAGUGGAAAUCAACCGUUAUGGGUCUGGUUUCAAGUUUUGCCGUUGCGGUGUUUCCUUAGACAGGUACUUCUUCUCCACUUUGUCUCUCUUGACUCAGGUGUAUAAAUGGGUACUGCUAAACUAAGGCUUACCCAGCGAUAGACUAGCAUCCCUUCUGAAAGGGCCAGAGAAGCAAUAUUCUUAUGUGCUUCAUGCCAUAGAAACCCAGGUUAAGCUCCAGCCGCUUAAAACCCAUGGCUGGUGUUCCCCUUGAAUUUUUCCACCCUUUGUACCGUAUUACUUCAUUAUUGCACUUCACUAUUGGUUUUCAGAGAGGACAAUAAUUACGGUUCGUCCAGAAAACAAAGAAGUACAAGAGGGAACUCGUGUUAACCUGAGUUGCAAGGCCAAGGCUGACCCGUCUCUUAAGACAGAGUUGAGAUACAAAUGGAAAAAGAAUAAUUCCGACAUAGAGUACAAUAACAGAAUUCAAUGGCUUGAAGAAGCUAAGGUUCUGACAAUUGCUAACAUUAAAGCUGAGGAAGCUGGUAAUUAUACUUGUGUGGCCUAUACUCCUGAUCCAAAAAGAUCUGAAGAUCAAGCAUCUGCUGUUAUUGAUAUCGUUCCAGGUAAUAAAACUAUCUAUCUAGGGUAUACCUUAUUAUAGGAAAUUAACGUUCCAUGAAAUU